UUGAUUUUAGAAAGAAGCUGCAAACUAAGUAUAGCUAUAACUGUAUUUUAAAAAGUUCAGUACUGUAGAAGCCUUAAAAAUGGGUAUAUAGGAUUAUGUUUUGAAAGCUAUGGAGCUCUGGAAUGAACUAUGCAUUCAGUUUUCUUUUCUUUUCUUUCAUAUUAUUUUAUUUAAUUUUUCUCUUAUUUAUACAGUAAGUCGUAAGUCAAACGCAACUUGCUGUUCAUAUACUGCACACAGAAGUACUUCAUCUUAAACCCUUUUGGUCAUGAUCCAAAUGGGGUUGUAAUCUAUGUUUGUUGUACAUCUGCAAAAUAACAGAAUAAACAACUACUACUGCUACUCUUAAUACAAUACAAAUGAAAGCGUAACAGUACUGGAAUACAGUACUCUCGGUUCAUGUUUUCCACUAGUUCCCAGCACUGUAUAUAGGAAUAGCAAUAACUAAAUAUUUUGUUCUGCCAUGUAGCUGACCUGGAACAUAGGAGCUCCGCAUCCGUCUCCAAGCAGUUAUCAUCAGGAUCAAAAGCAGAAAAAAUAGGAACCCCGUAACCUCAGACACUGAAUGCACCAUCAUAGAACUAAUUGUGAGUGGUCGCAGCAAAUUCUCCAUGGCUCCAACUAAAAAUCAGGUAUAAAAAGGAUGAUGUUGUUGAGAUUAUGCAAUCCGCCACAUACAGUUACAUGGUAUAAGGGCUUGUCAGCUCAACACAGUGACAAGUUUAGGGAGCUGAACUGGGUGUGCUUCAAAUAUUGUUCUCACCCAAAACAGGUCAUCUUAUUAAUGGCAAAAAAUAUAUAAUGUCAAGUAAUAAGGUAGCAGUGUUUUCAAUUAAACCCCACAACAUCAGAGUGCAAAGAGAGCACAUUUGUGGUAUUAAAAUAUAACUUUGGGUUCAUAUUUUCUAUAAUGCAUAAUUAACUCAUUAACUUAAAUUGAAAGCCGUUACCUUAUCUUCUGGCAGGUUGUGCUUGGAGAGAUCACUGUUGCUGCUGGAGUUGCAGAUGAGCAUUUGUCUUCCAAAAUCAUCACCCACUGUUUAUAAAUCCUUGGUUAAACCUUCACUUUGGUGGUUGCCUGGAAACUGCACCCUCUGGGGUUACAAGUACAGAUCCAUGGCAUGGCACCAAGACAAGAGAAAGAGAAAACACAAAAAUACAAAAAAAAAAAACAAUUUACCACCGUCUAAAAGUGCUCGUCCAGUACAUCUUUUCUUCAGGCUUACAUCGUACUUUGCUUUGUUCAAUAGAAAGAAAGCUCACCACCCAGGUCUUCCAAGCAGGCAGUCUUUUACAAGGAAAGUAAUUAGCUGGGUCAGCCUGACCUGUGCAGAAAGGAAUAGGGAUUUGGGCACCGGGCACAAAAGCAAGUGUCUUUUUCUUUUAUUGUCAAAAAACCCUACAAUGAUUACAGUAUAUGCACCAUGAUAAAAUCGACUACAUUUUGAAAUGACCAACAUGGUAAAAAAGUAAUGAAAUAAGACUAUGCCAGAGUAUUUAUUAAAGCAAUUCCUGGUUCUGCAUCAGUGUUAUUCAACAGAAGAUUAAUGACAGUACUUGUGUAGGCUUUGAGAAAAGAUAACAAACUUUAUUGUCCUAAAGGUGAAAUUUGUCUUUACCUCACUGCCCGAAGAUUAAAAAUACAGUUACGCUCACACAUAACACUACAGUCAAACAACACUCAGACCUCAUCACAAGAUAUAUGUGUCCAUUAUUAAUGUCCAUUGUCCAUUUGUGCACUGCACAACCAUAAAGUGUACAAGUUAUUGCACCAUUGAAUAUAAAGUGACUUAAGUGCACCUUUGUUAUGUAGAUUUGCUCAAGAGUGCAAGAGAAGUGGGCACAAAUGAGAGUUUCUCUAUCUGUUACUCUUAAUUAUGCGCUCGAUGGUGCCUGUCUGAUGGAACAAUUUCAUAUUUGCCAUGCAACAGGUGAGAGAGAUUACCAGCACAGUGUUCAAAAUAAUCGCAAUCAAAUGUUAAAACAGUAUCACAAUCAUUUUGCUCAUUAAAUCUUAAAAAGUAGUCAUUGAGGACAUUAGUGCAUUCCUUAUCAUUGAUAGUCACCAACUGAGUCUUGCCUGCUGCCAUGUGGGUCAUUUUCUUCAUGGAGUCCCACAUCAUCGUCACGUGACUUAAAGCUCCCUCUAAAGUGACCUUGUGCUUUUCUCUUGCCUAUUCAACCAUUUUAUUUCUUUUUUUCUGGGCUGCGGCCAAUCACACCAUGUUCCUAUCUCUAUAUGUAUGCCUCUUUUUGUUAAUGUUUUAAUCUCCUUGGUAGUGUAGGGCUUGUUAUUUGGGAAGUGCUGCAUAGUCUUCUUAGGGACAAUUGUGUCAACACAAAACCUAAUAUAGUCUGUUAUUGUCUCUGUGGCUUAAACUAUGGAAAAUACUCCAGUCUGUAGAAGAGAAGCAGCCCUUCAAAGUUUCUACACUGUCCUCAUACCACUGCAGCACUGUUUUCUGUGGUAUUGAUGCCGUAAGCAUUGUUCUAUAAGUGGGCAUAAGGUGGACAGUGGCAUGGUCAGACUUUGUGAGGGGUGGGGGGGAUUUGGCUCUGUAAGCAUUUUAUAUGUUGGCAUAGCAUUAUCAAGAACUUAAUCCUUGCCGGGCUGCACUGUAUGUAUUGAUAAAAAACAUGAAGUAAAUCCUCAAACAGCAAUAAUUAAGGUCUCCAAGAAUAAAUACAGGUGCUUCCAGUGUGCGCUGAAGUUGUUUGUGAACACAUUUUGCAAUACUACUUGCAGCCUUUGUUACAUUCCUGCUGGGGGUACAUAUGCGGCACUGAUGAUGACAUUAUUAAAUUCCCUCUGUAGGCAUAGACAAGCUGAGUAAUUCAAAAUCAGGACUACAGGACAUUUCCUAGACAGUCACUUGCUUGCACCAGUCAUCACCAAUAUCUGCACAAAACCCUGGACAACACAAAAAAAUGUACUAAAACCAUGCAAAACUUUAGAUCAGAAGAUGUUCACACACACUUGACUGAAACUGCCAUGAAUGAUUCUUUGUUUAUUGCAAUAAUAGCAUCUUUGAAACCAACUCAUUUAUUCCACUUCCAUGUCGUUUUGAGUAGGAUUUGACUGCUGAUACUGUCCUCAAGCGACGGCUGUCUGGAUGCCAUUCUGCAAGACCCUGCCUCUAAAUGAGAAGCCCUACACUUUUUACCAGAUGCAGACUGUUGCGUAAUGCGUAAAGUGGCUGGAGCAGACAUGUUUAUUCCUCUGCUGUAGCUUGCGUGUAGAUUCCCUGUGACGUCUUGGUAGCUGGCAUGUAAUCAGAUAUGCGCUGCGUGUGCUAGAGAACUCCAGAUCACUGUGCAGUGAGGACCAAGCAACAUGAAGGAAGGCAAUGGAGUUUCAGUGCAACUUAAAGUCCUGCUACUAGCCCAUUGUCUUUUGCUUCUACUAUGUUCUGCAGGCUUGGUCUACUUACUGCUACAAAACAGACAGAUGAAUGAAGACCUGACCAAACUGGACACGCAGGUGCAAGGACUGGCCCAGAAGGUUUGGACAGGGGUUGUAACCUUGGAUCCAGAAGAGGCAGAAAAACUUAAAAAGGUCCAACGUAUUAGGAGAAGCCACCAUGGAGAACUACCACCCAUCACCGAUAAGGAUGAGGAGAUGUUGAUGCUGGUCACCUACUCCUCUGUACCAAUCAAAGCUUUCAUUGAGCUUUGUAACAGCUCUAAAGGAAUGUGCUUAACAGGACCACCCGGACCACCAGGUAUUCCUGGUAGGGCAGGUUCCAGGGGACCCCAGGGUCCUGUUGGUCCAGAAGGGAGAAGAGGAAAACGGGGUCCUCCUGGUGAAAAAGGUGAACCUGGGCCUAAAGGGGACCCUGGGCCUCUCAGAGUCCUGAAAGGAGAAACUUUUGAGGACAUUUUCAUUGAAGGUCCUUCUGGUCCACCUGGUCCACCUGGCCUACCUGGGCCUCCUGGUCCAGCCUGUUGUAAAACAACUAUAAAAUCUCACACUGGACAAACUUGUCAAUCAAAUAAGCUCUUGGAAAGGCAUGCAGAAACUGGUGAGAGCUUUAUUGUUAGUCCCACAGCAAGCUCAAACAGUUCCACAAGUAACCAGACUGACUUAGAUCGUCCUUCAAACGACACCAAUUACAUCAAAACACAAUCUCACAGUGAUGAGGCUGUAACUACUGCCAUAAAUGAUCAGAGAAAUCUCUACAAAGAGACCACUACUGAGGGCUUUAUUAAUAUCCUACCAGCUACAGUGCCAACUGAAUCAGACAACACCAGCAGUGAUAAAGAGGACAUAACAGCACCAAAAAACAUCUCAAUAACAAGGAUUCCAUCGACUGCUCCAACUCCUGGAUUUGACCAUGACUCAACAGUUUCUAAUCAACCAAGGUUGCCACCAACAUAUUCAUCUACUGUUACAAAUCCUGAGAACAUGAAAUCAGUGCUUCCAUCACUAAAUCCAGUUCUAGCCUCUAAAAGUAAAAGUGUCACAGAAGAGAUCCCAGAACAUCCCACUUCAUCAACAACUUAUGAAAAUCUUUUAAAGGUGAUAAAUUCUAACAAACUGUUAGACAAGAGCACUGAAUCAGUCCCUCAAUCACAUUCUCCAACUCUUGAAGUGAACACUGUCUUACAAGUAACAGAUGUGGAAUUUUCAGAUAAAAAUAGAUUAUUUGUCUCUAUACCCACACUACUUCCUCAAGAGGAUAAAGACAACAGUCAACCUUUGAAUAAAGAAAACAUCAAAAAGACACAAAACAAAAUUUCACCAGAUUCGCCUUCAGUACAUCCAACUUCAGAGACCAGUGAUGAAGUUAUGACAACGCAACCUGCAAAGCAAAACAUGUUUCAACAAUUUUGGGAGUCCCUCUCAUUUAAAGAAAAAAGUCACACCAAAAUUGUAAAUGACCCCAUCACUGCCAAGGCUACAGUGGCACCAGUGACAUCUUCAACAGUUUUUUCAUAUGGCCACAGCAAUAAGAGGGAUCAUUUAACAAAUGAUUACCAAAGGAUAAGCAAAACAGAAUCCAGUCAUGAACCAGCCAUGGAUACCACACAUUUAAAUCAGUCAAAACCUGCAAUAAGAGUUGAAUCAAAAAAAGAAGAUAACACACAAGUAAUGUUGAAUGAAAUGGAAAAUGUUACAGAAGCUGCAUAUCAGAUUUCGCCAACCCCAUCUUUAUCCAAACAGAUUAAAUUUAAUGUCAGUGAAAAUCUAAUAGAUGCCUAUAUGAAAAGUGAGUCAUUGUCAUCGGUCAGGACAGAGUGCACUGUAAAAAACAUCAAAUGUACAGAGAAGGCCUCUGAAAUGCAAACCACCUUUGGAGCUUGGAUGCUGGAUGCUUCUUUGAAAAAUAACAGUCGAUAUUGGCUUGCAGAACACUUUUCAGGUCGGAUAUUGCUUGAGUACAUAAACACGUCAGCACUACAAAAUAUAAGUGCUACAAUUAUAGAUGUGCAGGGGUAUUACCAGGGCUGUGGCCAUGUGGUUUAUAAAGGAUAUUUGUAUUUCCACUUGGCUGGAACUAAGAAACUCAUUAAGUUCAACCUGAACACAAGAAGAAUGGAGAGUCUCACAAUGACAAACAGCCGAUAUAACAGCCUCAAUUACCUCUUUCACAACUCAAAGACCUAUUUUAAGUUUGCUGUGGAUGAAAAUGGACUGUGGGUCAUUUUUGCUCAGGACUCAGAUGACAAAAUGAUGGUUGCAAAAGUAAACCAUGAGGCUUUUACAGUGACAUCUCUCAUUGAUAUAGCAUAUCCUACAUCUAAAGCAGGCAAUGCUUUUAUUGCAUGUGGGGUGGUUUAUGUUAGCGAUGAGAAAGACAGGAAGAUUUCUUAUGCAUUUGACUUAGAAAAGAAUAAAUCUGUUGAUGCUAAUUUUGAUGUAAGUGCAUCUAAUGGAAUCAUAGCCAUGAUGUCAUACUAUCCUAACAUGAAACAAUUAAUUAUGUGGGACAACCGCAGUGUUAAAGUGUGCAAAGUUAAAUAUAAAGUUACUUAAAUAUGUGAAUAUUUAAAGGAAUUCUGUUGUUGAUAAUUUUGGGGUUUUGUUUUAUUUUGCUGUAACAUUAAUUUAACACAAAUAUUUACCUUGUUUAUAAUAAAUUGUCUUUUCCAUA